AUGUCUUCAGUUGGUUCAGAUGAUAUGAAAGGAGUAGUGGAAGUAGUGAGCAGCAGCAGAUUCCCAUGGGCUCAGUCUCUUUUGUUUGUGGCGGCAAACUCUUGCAACUUGGGUUGGGAUUAUAUUUUGCGGGCGGCGGACUCGUCCUCUAUUACUUUCUUAUUGCUCGAUCCCACCAGGACUGUGCGGUGUGGGUUGGAUGUUCUUCCGCGAGGGCUCUGUAUAUUUUCUUUCCUUUGUCUUCUUCACAUACUCGCGCA